CUUCAGUCGACUGGCAUUGGACAGAAGCUGCAAGUAAUUUUGCCUUCUUCUGAGUUUUCGAGAAAAUGGCUGAUGCAGCCGUCAGUGAAGCUCUGCAGACGGUGUAUGAAGCAAACAGCCUCUUCACAUCGGACAUCUACAGGGUGCUGGCGCAGCAAGAAGGUAACCUGUUCUUUUCGCCAUGGAGCAUACAAAUAAUCCUUGCCCUUGCAUUUCUUGGAGCUGGCGGAAACACGGCGAAAGAGAUGGCGAGCGGGCUCCGUCUUCCGGAAGAUAAAAAUGCCACUGAGCAAGGUUUGAGUGAAAUACUGAGUCAGAUGAAGGAUGUCAACGACAUUACGCUUAGAGUAGCCAACAAGAUGUUUGUGAAGAAGAAUUUUGCAAUUUAUGAGGCGUUCAAGCAGUCUGCUGGGAAACUCAUGGCCGGAGUGGAAGAGAUGGAUUUUGUACAAGGUGGAGCGGCUAAAAUAAUAAAUAGCUGGGUGGAAAAAAUAACAAAUGGAAAAAUAAACAACAUAAUUCCAUCUGGUUCCUUCAGUGAGCUCACUCGUAUGGUACUGGUCAACGCCGUUUAUUUCAAGGGUAACUGGAGCAGGCAGUUUACUGAAAGCGCUACAAGACCUGAACUUUUCUACCCAGCAUCACAACCAGCAAAAAAUGUGGACACCAUGUUCAUCAUGGACAGAUUUAACUAUGCACUCAUAGAAGAACUGAAUUGCCAGGCCCUACUUCUUCCGUACAAGGGUCGUAGAAUAAGUAUGCUGAUACUUCUGCCCCGAGAACUAAACGGUCUACCGAAUGCUGAGAGUAAACUUGCGGAUGUAACUCUUCAACAAAUUAUGUCCAGAAUGUACUGGCCUAAGGUGAUUGUACACUUACCUAAGUUCAAAAUGGAGUACGAGGUGGAACUUACAGGAACACUAAUGAAACUCGGCAUGACUUCAAUGUUCAGUGAUUACGCCGCAAAUUUUUCUGGAAUCAGUGAAGAAAAACUUAAAGUGAACCAAGUACUGCACAAAGCUUUCAUCGAGGUUAACGAAGAAGGCACAGAGGCUGCUGCGGCAACCGCUGUUAUCGGUGGCGCAGUCGCAACGUCCUUACACGACACGCCUCCACCACCAAUCAUCUUUAGGGCGGACCAUCCAUUCCUCUUCUAUAUUCUGGAUCAAAAGACGAAGGUGGUGCUCUUCGCGGGACGCGUCUCCGAUCCUUAACUUUAAGAACGCCCCUAUGGGUCAGCAAAAAGAGUUUGUCUACCGAUGUCACCGCAGUCAUCUACGUUUCAAAGAUAUGCCAUAACAAUUGUACUUAUAAAUACGAUGUUUUACAUUAUUAGAAAUUUAUAUGUUCUUGAAUU